AUGAAUUUUACCACUUUGGUCGAGACGAAAUUCUAUACAUUUAAAAAGAAAUCUGUCAGAAAUUUCUCCAUUGAUUAUUAUAUCUAUUGGUUAUCAAAAAUGUUAAUAGGCUCUGUGCAAGCAGCAUUUUUAACUUUUGCUGCCAUUCUUAUUCAAACAACUAAACAUAUACAUUGUGAUACAACAUCCUCCAAUGUAUAUAAUCUCGAUUCACAAAUUGUUAUCCAGCAAAAUAUGAUUCAGAAAGGAUUGGUUAUUAUGGAAGGCAAACUCACAAAACCUUUUACAAAUGAUCAUAUAAAAUUAUCUAUCAAUUAUCAGAAUAUUCAAGGGAGUUGGAUGGUAGGAUGGUGUAAAACACUUUAUUCUUACAAUCAAUAUAAUGAAAACGUAAGAGCCGCAUUCGAGUUACCAGCAUCUACACUGAACUCUUACAAUGUAAAGAUUGAAUUAAGUUCUAAUACGAACCUUUCCAGCUUUAGCAGUGUCGUUUGGGACAAAACAAUUAGCCAUUUUAAAUUAGGUGACUACACCGGUAUCAACUGUGAUCUGGAUGAAAAUGAAUAUACCAUCCUCUUAACACCGAAAAAAAGAUGGCUGAGCACCGGAUAUUCGUUGGACAAUAAAAAGAAUGAUGUAAUAUUCUCACCUACAAACCCGGCGAUAUUGUUGACCGACACCAAUGGUGCCAAAUCCAUUAAAAUGGUCAAUCAAGGAACUGCUGGUGACAUUUUGGGUUCUACUCCUGAAUUUAUUUACAAUGUAGGUCCGGGACAUCCAAUUCCGUAUUUAUACAGUUAUACUGAUCCUGUGUACAUGUUUGCGGGCAAAUUUUCAGUCAACGGAUUUUUCAUAAAAUUCAGUCAAUGGCCUGGGGAACCAAAUGGUCCUGGAUAUCAUAAUUUUAAAAAUCCUAAUAGUCUUCAAAGCAGAUAUUUCAAUUUAUACAAUACUAUAAAUGAAAAGUUGUCUGGUUUUAUCACUGAUCAGGAACCAGUAGUAUUUGUAUCAAGUGUCACCACCGGUUUCAGAGUUUAUAAAAGUAACGGAACUUAUGUAACUCUUACAGGUUACAGUAACUACGGUGCGUUAUUUUUUGGAUAUGGUAAUGAUCAAGGAGGCGGUCGUAGAGGUCCGGGAUCCGAGAACUUUAUCGUUUCAAACACUUCUGAAAUGACAUUAUAUGGAAUGGGCGCAUUACGAAAUAACUUUGUGAGUUUUACUCCAGGCUACCCAUCCAUUCGAUCGAUACAAGAUAUUGAAAAAGAAAUUUCCAAAUUCAUCAAGUAUACCGGCAUCUUUGGAAAUUCCAUUGCAUAUGAUGACACUUCUGAAUGCGCAGCCGGAUGUUUUGCAGCAAAUUCUGGAGCUGUUUCAGAUUAUGUGGUUUUAGACUGGACAAGAGCACCAAACAGCUAUAUUUUCACAGGAAAAGAUAAAAGUGGAAAUGAUGCUGACGGUAUUUAUAUUCCUGUCAAGAAAGCUUAUGAAAUGUGGUCUAAAGGAGGUGAAUUUAUGAAAGACGAAAACGGAAAUUACACUCCCAUUCCAUCGGGAAUUGCCAAAGCUGGUUUGUACUGGGAGGAUGAACCCGGAUUGGUCAAGUCUAUCACAUUAGAAGGAACCGGUGAAAAUGCCAAAAUCAAAGUCUUAUUGAACAAACUUAAAGAAGGAAAUGCCGUUGUAUCGUAUCGAGUAAAUGAUAUAGUGUACUGGACUUGGCACGUUUGGGUAACAGAUGAUCCAACUGUGAAUGGUAGUACUUACCGUUUAGGUUUCGAGAAAGAUAAAAAUGGAAAUCUUGCUACAGACUGGAAAUGGAUGGACAGAAAUCUAGGCGCAACAAGUGCAAACUUCUUGGGCAACAACUGGCAUAAAUCUCAAGGAUUACAAUAUCAAUGGGGAAGAAAAGACCCUUUUCCCGCCCUUAUGCAUAAAGACGGAACGAUGUAUGAGAUAUCUGGAGAAAUUGGUAAUAUUAGAAAUGUAGGAGCUGUUUAUACAACAGGAUCAACUUCUGCAUUACCGGUAAAAUACAGAGGCAAUUUAUAUCUACAAGACAAUACGGGAUAUGACACUCCAAACGGAAAUAUUCGUUAUUCUGUUCAGAAUCCGAUUCACAUGAUCAUUCCGCCGCUCUAUGUCAAAAAAUAUAAUGACACGGUAUUUAAUAACGGCGAAGAUAUGUUUGUUCAGAAUAGUGCUAAGGGGUGGUAUCAUCAAAAACGAACAACGUGGUUUUCUAAACAGAAAUACAGAAAUGAUUUCAACAGUGUCGAUCCUUCACAGAAUGUUGCAUGGGAUCUUUGGGGUGAUACGCGUGGUGGCAAGAUAAGUGACCUAAAUAAUCCUCAAUUAGCUGAAGAAAGUAAGCGCUAUGCAAUGAAAUCUCCUUAUGAUCCUUGUCCGUGCAACUGGAGAGUACCAUCAUACUAUGAUAAUAUUGGCAGUCCUAACAAUGAUAACAAUGCUUCACCUUGGGGAAGAAUUGGAGGUGCGAAUGAUGUAGACACUUUUACUUCGAACACUUCGACAUCGAGCACAAGAUUCCCUGGAAUUAAGAUAUAUCCCGGCUUAGGAUAUGAUUUUACAGGCGUCACAGGUCGUAAUUUAGGAUUAAUUCCAAUUAAUGGAAACUAUGAGUACUAUCCUAAUUAUGUUACGGUUACAAGUGUAACUGCUUCGGGACUAGUAAUACCUAAAAUUGUGUAUCAAGAUGGUUCAGCUGAUGGUGCAUUAGGUUCUUCUACUUUCUCAGUGGGCGCAGCUGGUAGCGGACCUUGGUAUGGACCGAGAGGACUAGGAUAUGUUUCAGACCCAGCAAAUGUUCAAGAAACUGCUAAUAAUUUUGGAUGGUACACUAUGAACUCUCUUUCACAUGAUGGAAACACCCAUGAAACGGUCGGAAUCAGAUGUAUUAAAGACCCAAACAACGCUUAUAUGCCAACUGCUUUUGAAACUGAAUUUAUUAGCAGUUCGAAUGAAGAAUAUGCAUUAUCUACUCUAAAUACCUGGACAAAAGAACCAAACAGCUAUGUAGAGUAUACUAACAAUUCUUUGAUUACACAAACUCCGGCAGAUAAAGAUCGUGUUAUUGAGAUUCCAUUGCGUAAAGCCUAUGCAAUGUAUAAGUUACAUUUAAGCACAACAGGUGAAUAUCCUCAAGGAAGCGUCAAAUCAACCUCAGUAGUGUGGACUACUAAUACAGGUUUGAUCCAAAACAUGCAAAUAAUCGAUGGAACUAAAGAAACGGCUAAACUUAUAGUUACUUUAAAUGAAAAUCAAUACGGUAAUGCUGUGGUCGCGUUCCAUUUAGGGAACUCUGGUCAGUGGGUAAAUGGGAAAAUGCAGGAUCCUAUUAUCUGGAGUUGGCAUAUCUGGGCUCCCGAAACAAUAGUUGGUUCUUUAGAUUACGAAACUGAAACCUCAACGAAUGGGGGUAUUAUAAAUGCAUCUAACACAGCUUUUGUAAAUCCUGUGAAAAGUAUUGGCGUUCCAUUGAAGACUACUUUCAUGGAUAGAGACUUAGGAGCUUUAAUGAUGUUCCCAGAAGAAGCUUCUGCAGGUGAUGCAUCGUAUAUUUACAGCUUCGUCCCUCAGAUCAGUAAAAGUGGAGGACUACAUUUUCAGUGGGGAAGAAAAGAUCCUCUUCCUGUCUUUAUUAAUGCCGGAGGACAUUAUGAUUUUGGAAGUGCAAUUGGAAGUCAGGGGUCUAUUUAUAAAAAUAUGGCUAGAUACACAAUCCGUGUUCAAAGUGGACCGAUAAGUAAUGGUAUAAUUCCUUAUUCAGGAACAAUCGAUAGUGCAAGUUAUGCUACAAAUUAUGCUAAAGAAUUUUCAACGGAUUAUUCUUCAGUAUUUGCACCAGCAGAUUCUAAGAAAGAUAAAAUUAAGAAAGUAUUGAUGUAUUCGGUAAAGAAUCCAUUAUACUUCUUAUAUCAAAAUCCUUCCAAUGAAACGAAUCAGUUCAAAAAAGUUCGUGACUGGAUAUCUGAUGAAAACGGACAGUUUACAGACAGAUGGGGUCACGGCACAGAAAAAUCACCUUUCGAUCCAUGUCCUCAAGGAUGGAGAAUUCCUGAUACUUUCUAUGCCAGUAUGCAUGCUACAUUACCUAAGCUAAGCAAUUUCUAUUCUUACUGGGCAUUAUCUAGUGGAAACAAUCCUUGGUAUUACAAUGGUUAUCAAGCUUCUGGUACAGGCAAGUAUGGACUUUUCCCAUCAGCUGGGUAUUCAGCUAAGAGAGAUGCUUAUUCUCCUGCUAAUCAGUUUUAUCCAGGCAGCGUAUCUCUAAUUUACAACUAUCCUGCAACCAGAUUCGGAUUUGUUCUCAAUAACAAUAGAUAUAAAAUUGGUAACUAUGCCAACAACGGAAUCAGAGGUUUCCAAGGAGGAAAAGAUCUUACUUUAGUUACGAUUGACGGUACAAGCAGAUUAAGAUUUAAUAUUUCCGGAGUAUGGACUGCAUCGCCUACCGAUGUUUACUCUGGAACAGCGAUAGGUUUACUUUUCAACAUAGAUUCAUCAUCUGAGUUCAUUAUGCAGACCGGAUAUCCGUAUUAUCCUCAAGCAGCAAUGUCUUGCCGUUGCGCAAAAAUCAAGUAUGAUGGAAAUGGAAGUGAAAUAGGAAGAUACGAACCUACAGCUAUUGAAGUUCCGAAAAAUGCAACUGCGUAG